CCGCGCUCUCCCCGCGAGCGACUGGGAAGCCGCGAGGGUCUCACUGCCAGUCUCCGGGGGUGGGAGCGCGUGCACCGUCCGCCAAAAAGUAGGACCGUGGAGCCGUUCGCGGUCCCAGCGCAGGCGCGGUCUGUGGCUGUCACCAGUGAGCGCACCGCCUGGAGGGGUAGCCAGACCAAAACAAAACGGCAGAAACACCCUGCCCGCCUCGGCGGGUGCAGCUGCAGUCCACGCGGGCCGGGGCAGUGUAGAACGCGCUGCCUUCCCCGGGUCCGAUGCCGCCUCGGUCACCCUCAAGCCCCCCUGAGUCCUGACAGCAAGUCUGUAGGGCAUCCUGCAGGAAUUGUGCGGUUCUGGGUGCUUUUGCCCAAAGACAUCCUUUGGGAUGAAUUCAGAGCCACAUCUCACGUCCCACGAGUCUGGAAGAAGAACCAUGUAAAAGGAAUUCGACAAAAGCUUUCCACAUCUCUGUUUAUUCUUUUGAAUCCAUAAAACGACCUUAAAAAAAGCAUUCGGGCCACCUAAGAGAAAAUGCACUUCUGGCCAGAGCAUGCAGGAUUCUUUUGCCCAACAGGGGAAAGGAAGCAGAGCGGGCACAGCGGAAAUGGCCCUGGUGCCCUAUGAGGAGACCGCGGGAAUGGGGUUGCAGAAAUUCCACAAGCCUCUCGCCACCUUCUCCUUCGCCAACCACACCAUCCAGAUCCGCCAGGAUUGGAGGCAACUGGGGGUCGCAGCCGUGGUUUGGGACGCGGCCGUCGUCCUCUCCACGUACCUGGAGAUGGGAGCCGUGGAGCUCAGGGGCCGCUCUGCUGUGGAGCUGGGUGCUGGGACGGGGCUGGUGGGCAUCGUGGCUGCCCUGCUGGGUGCUCAGGUGACUAUCACGGAUCGAAAAGUAGCAUUAGAAUUUCUUAGAUCAAAUGUUGAAGCCAACUUACCUCUGCAUAUUCAACCCAGAGCCGUGGUUAAGGAGCUGACUUGGGGACAGAAUUUGGGGAGCUUUUCACCUGGAGAGUUUGACCUGAUACUUGGAGCUGAUAUCAUAUAUUUAGAAGAAACAUUCACGGACCUUCUGCAGACUUUGGCGCAUCUCUGUGGCAGCCACUCCGUGAUUCUUUUAGCUUGCCGUAUCCGCUACGAACGGGACAACAACUUCUUAGCCAUGCUGGAGAGGCAGUUUUCCGUGAGUAAGGUUCACUAUGAUCCUGAAAAAGAUGUACACGUUUACAAAGCCCAGAAGAGAGACCAGAGGGAGGGCUUAUAGUUGGCUGUACUUUAUAGGAACGUUGUCAUUAAGUGUGUCAAUUAAGGUGUUA